AGUCAAGUACCACGCAUAAGUGAACUCGAAGAACGUGUGUCAAGAAUAGUAUGAUAUGUGACUUGAACAACAUAUACAAUGAAAUAUGUGAACAAAUACUUUAAAGUAUUCAAUUCUCAUCCACAAAAUGUUAUUCUGAGUGGCACCUACGUACGUUUCGGUUGUGUUGCCGGUUACGAUGCGUCUGUCAUGUAACCCUUGUAUAACCUUGACGAGGAUCAAUCGUGUCCGAUGGAGGCGUCUGCAGACAGUAAACAGUCAACAGUUAAACAGACACAGGACGUUACACACGAAAGCCUUUUCACCAGGAAUCACGCAGCAUUUUGUUAGACAUUAUGAAACUCGUGCAGUACCUGACGAGAAAGACUCCCCAGGUUCCUUCCAAGGGACAGAGUCCAACCCUGAUGAUGAGUUGGAAAACAUCACACUGGCCCCUUCAGCUACACCCAAGGACUAUGUGUCACUUCACUUUCGCACAGCAGCAAAGCUAGUACAUCUCAAUGCAAAAAAUGUUGGUAGAAAUUUAAGUGUUAUUCUUCCGCUCGGACAAGGCAUUCCAUUUUCAUCUUCGAAGAGUAAGGUGAAAACAUUGUUUGUAUCAGCACCUCCAGUGGAGAUUGUCAGUGAUGUUCACAAAGAUGUCACAGUACCGCCAAAGACUACAACAGCUACUGAUGAUAAUCUGUGGAGAGAAUGCAAGUUGGAUUUAAGGCAGCUACCCCAGUACUACCUCAAGCUUUCAAAGAUCAGGCUAACUGGGCUGGUGGUGCUGACAUCAAUGGCUGGGUAUGCAAUGGCACCGGGAGCUUUUGAUCCUGCAACAUUCAUUCUCUGUACACUUGGUACUGGACUGUCCUCCUGUGCAGCGAAUUCUGUUAAUCAGUUCUUCGAAGUCCCAUUUGACUCACAGAUGAACCGCACAAAGAACCGAGUGUUGGUCCGAGGUCACCUGAGCCAUCUCCAUAGUAUGAUCUUUGCUGGUGUGUGUGGAGUGACAGGCAUCUCAAUGUUGGGUCUGGGAGUGAACAGCACGACAGCCCUGCUUGGGGCCUUCAACCUUGGACUGUACACUCUAGCCUAUACCCCCAUGAAGAGGCUGAGCAUCACCAACACGUGGGUGGGGUCCGUGGUCGGUGCAAUACCCCCCAUGAUGGGCUGGGCAGCGAGUUCUGGCGGGAUUGAGUCAGGAGCCUUGUUGCUUGGUGCGAUCCUAUAUGCCUGGCAGUUCCCUCACUUCAAUGCCCUCAGCUGGAACCUCCGUCCAGACUACUCCCGCGCAGGCUACCGAAUGAUGUCCGUCACUAACCCAGCACUGUGUAAACGAGUAGCUUUCCGCUAUUGUGUGGUGACCACCGGCCUGAGCCUCAUGGCUCCAGCUAUAGACUUGACCACAUGGACAUUUGCUGCUGGAUCACUGCCACUUAACUUAUACUUCUCGUACCUAGGUUACUGCUUCUACCGUGAUGGGGACAGUAGGUCAUCACGGAAGCUGUUUAGGUUUAGCUUGAUACAUAUCCCACUGCUCCUAGUGAUGAUGUUGGUAUGUAAGAAGUCCCAGGAUAAGACAGCUGAAAGUCAGCUACCUUCAAGUGAACAACUAACAAGUGUACAGUAACAGACCACAAGAGUUUUAUAUAUGGUGUGAUUUGUUGUUGAUGGUCUGCAAUACUGUGAUAUUGUAUGAGUUGUCUCCCUUGGACAGACACGAUCCAUGAUGCACCAAGAGGAUGAAUCAGGUUAACAAAUUUCUCGAAACAUCUUAUGUAAGCUGUUGGAGAAUUCAUUUCUGUUUGGUCUGUACACACUCAGGGGAAACAUGAAAAUUUGCAAACAUUUGUAUAUGAAUAAAUAUUGUUUUUUUUGUUUU